AUCAGCCAGUGCUAUGGAGAUAGAGAACUGAGAUUGAUGCAUAUAUUGAGAGGCACAGAUAUUCUGGAUAGAUCGGUCUUGUCUACCUAUGGUUCUGGGAAGCUGCAGUUCAGCUCUGAUCACAGCUUUGCGGAACAAGAAAAGAUCUUUUUUCAUUAACAAAUGCAAAGAAAGUCAAUGGAUUAUGUAAAUAUAACUGUGCUGAAAGGCUUCUAUAUAUCCCUCUCAAAGACAGAAUGAGGAAUAAACUAGAGGACAAGAAGGAGCAGAUGAUACCAUGAAGAGAAGUUCACAGUCACUCUGUUGCCAUCUGUUUAGUGUUCUACUUGUCUUGACACUGGCAGAGAAAAACAUAUUCACUGUUAAGGAUCCCUCCCUGACUCCACUGUCCUAUCACUUUUUGGGAGAUACUACCAGUGACUCAACAAUGAUAAAUCCAAGCCACAGUUUGGGUCUAGUUCGGAAUUCUGCAAAAUACAUCACUAUGCCUGUAAGAUCUAUAGAAAGAACAAUCACAGAGUCCCCAUCUCACAGUGCUGCUGUUGAUUACAGUAGCAGGCUGGCAACUCCGGUUGAAAGCAGCCAAGAUGUGACACAUUCAGGAAACAAUUACAUCAAGAGGAGACUAUUCCAGAAUAUCACAGGUGACUUUACAGAGUCUACGCCACCUUACCUCAAAACAGAACGCCAUUCAAGUAUUUCCGUGAGAACUGCACCAUAUGUUAACCAUAGUAGUACCAUUCUUGCAUUUCUUAAAGAUGCUUUUCGCCGUGGUGGCACAUUGCUAAACCUAUCUAGAAGUGAUGAUAUAAAUGGUUUGGCCACUCCAACAACUUUAAUAUCAAAGAACGCUGAACCUACAUCAGUGCCUUUUAAAUCCAAUCACUAUAAACUAUGGGAUGUCUUGAGCCGAAAUGGCUCCUUGGUCUCUAUUAGACAAGACAAGAAUGGAACGUCCUCAUCGGUUAUGAGAAUAUUGUCAUCAACGUCAUCUGUACAGACUUCUGUUCAAGCCCAGAGCCCUACACUUGUACCAGGGAUCUACAAGGAUAUUAUGAUGCAUCCAUCAAUGGAUUCUACCAGCAAUGGUUCCACGUCUUUGUCUACACCUGGAUCUACAGCAACUGGGAAUUUUCUUAACAGGCUAGUGCCUGCUGGAACAUGGAAACCUGGUGUGCCUGGUAAUAUUUCUCAUGUAACAGAAGUGGGAGGCCAACCACAACACAGAGAGACAAUAUGUCUUAGUAAAGUGGAUAUUGCUUGGAUUUUCUUGGCCAUCAGCGUGCCGAUAUCCUCAUGCUCUGUCCUACUGACAGUGUGUUGCAUGAGGCGGAAAAAGAAGGCAUCUAACCCAGAGAACAAUUUGAGCUACUGGAAUAAUGCAAUCACCAUGGACUACUUUAACAAGCAUGCAGUGGAGUUACCCCGAGAGAUUCAGUCACUGGAAACCUCAGAGGAUCAUCUCUCUGAACCUCGUUCCCCAGCCAAUGGAGACUAUAGAAGCAGCGGAAUGGUUCUUGUCAAUCCUUUUUGUCAAGAGACACUCUUUUCUGGACAUGAGCAAGUUUCCGAGAUAUGAUUGUUCCUGCAACAGAAUUUGCUAAGAAUCGCAUUUUACAUUUGCCCUGAAACUUUAAACAGUAUUUACCAAAACUGUCGGUUUAGAUGUGGAAGCUGAAUUUAGGAAAAAAAAUUACACACCUUAGCCGUCAUAAAAUAGUUAAUACAUUUUUGCAAAUGAUUUGUUUGUUUCUUUUGACAUGAUUUUAUAUCCCAUUCAUAAAUAUCCUACUCGCAGAUCUAAGUAAAUACUGUGUGUGUCUAUAUAUAUAUAUAUAUAUAUAUAUAUAUAGACACACACGCUAUAUAUAAUAUACAUAAUGCUUUGUGUAAUCCCUUUUCCCCUUCAAUACAAAUGUUUUCAGCUUGUUUUCCUAUGAAUUGUCGCCUUUUUACAAUUGUGGUAAAACUUUACAGGAUAAAAUGUGGCUUUAUAAAUAAAGUUAUUUAUAUGUAAAAA